AUGGAACAAAACAAUCCAGGAUCAUAUACAAAUAUUGUGAGAGAUGAAGAAAACAGGUUUGUUUACAUGUUUUUUAUGUAUGGGGCAUCAAUUUCUGGGUGGAAGUAUUGUAGACCACUAAUUGCUGUUGAUGGAACAUUUCUAAAAAAUAAAUAUAGAGGUGUUCUAUUAGUGGGUGUUACCAAAGAUGCAAAUAACCAGAUUUUUCCUAUAGCUUUUGGAGUAGUGGAUAAAGAGAAUAAUGAAUCAUAUGAAUGGUAUUUCAGGGAAUUAAGAAAAGCAAUUGGGAUUCGUAAUGAUUUAAUGUUCUUGUCAGAUCGACACAAGGCUAUUGCAAAUGGAAUUGCAAAGGUUUUCCCUGAGUGCUACCAUGGAAUUUGCAUCUAUCAUUUAGAAAAGAAUCUGAAGCAAAGAAGAGUGAGAAACACUGUGAUAAAUCUCUUUCAAAGUGCUGCAAGAGUAUACCUUCAAUCAGAAUUUGAUGACUUCAUGUCCCAAAUAGCUGCUGUUGAUAAGAAAACUUUCAAUUAUUUGAUGGAGGAACCGCCAGGAAGGUGGGCUCGUUCACAUUGUCCCAGAAGAAGAUAUGAUAUGUUAACAACAAAUAUUGUUGAGUCAAUGAAUAAUGUUUUAAGACGUUCAAGAGAAUUGCCAAUUUUAACAAUGAUGGAUUUCAUACAAGAAAAUUGCAAAGCUGGUUCUAUGAAAGAAGGACACUUGCAGAAGGAAUAUUCCGUGAUAUAUCAAAUUGGGCAGAAGCAACAUUGGAAGCAAAAAUUCAACCAGCUUUUACAUUUAGAGUAUUGCCCAUUGAUAGACUCAAAUUCAAUGUCAAAGAAGGUGCUAGACGAGAUGCCAUGUGAACAUGCAAUUGCUGCAAUUGAGAGUAUACAUCAAAAGAAAUCGGCCUUUUGCUCAGCCUAUUUUUCAAGGGACUUUUGGUUGAAAACGUAUGAAGGGCAAGUAAAUUCUGUAGGUGAUGCAACAACAUGGGUUAUACCAGACACUAUUAAAUCAGAAAUCACUAAGCCUCCAGAUGCCAAA